GAUUCUUGCUUGGCUUUUGCGCAAUGUGGAUAGUUUGUUUAUUGUCAAAGUUCUAAAUUAAAGCCCUUUUUCUGUACAACGAAUGGUCAUAUCAUAUCAGACGGGUGAUUGGGAAGACAACUCAAUACUCAGACAAUAUGCAGAGAUGUGAUGAAGGAUAGUCCUAGUUAGCUAACGUUAACAGCAGCACUCAUUUCUUAAACACCACGGCAGCGGGUCAGCGUGGACACUGGGCAGUAGCUUCGUCGACCCGAACACGAUGCUCUCGCUCAACAUUAAAGGGGUCACGGUGGAGUUCCCCUUCACACCGUAUCCAUGCCAGACGGACUACAUGAGUAAAGUCAUUGAAUGCCUUCAAAACAAGGUGAAUGGCGUCCUGGAGAGCCCGACGGGGACGGGGAAGACGCUAUGCCUGCUGUGUGCCGCGCUGGCCUGGAGACAGAACUUCAAAGACACCAUCUCCGCCCGCAAGAUCUCGGAGAAGAUGGGAGGGGCCGAGCUCUUCCCCGACCGCCCGCUGUCAUCCUGGGGCACCACCGCCACGGAUGGGGACUCCCCAAUUUACUAUACUGACGUCCCCAAGAUCAUAUACGCAUCCCGUACCCACUCCCAGCUCACGCAGGUCAUCGGGGAGCUCAGGAACACCUCCUACAGGCCAAAGGUGUGUGUCCUUGGCUCGCGUGAGCAGCUUUGUAUUAAUCAGGAAGUGAUGAAACAGGAGAGCAACCACGUGAAGGUCCACAUGUGCAGGGCCAAGGUGUCCACACGCUCCUGUGUCUUCUACAACAACGUUGAAGAGAAGAGCACUGAUAAGGAGAUCAUCAACUCCAUCCUGGAUGUGGAGGACCUGGUGAAGGCCGGCAAUAAGCAGAGGGUAUGUCCAUACUACCUGUCAAGGUCUUUGAAGCAGCAGGCUGAGAUCAUCUUCAUGCCUUACAACUACCUCCUGGACCCCAAGAGUCGCAGGGCCCACAACAUUGAGCUGCAGGGAGCCGUGAUCAUCUUUGAUGAGGCGCAUAAUGUGGAGAAGAUGUGUGAAGAGUCCACGUCGUUCGAUCUGACCCCGUUUGACCUCAGCUCAGCGCUUCAGGCCGUGGACAAGCUGCUGCACGAGCAGGCCGUGGAUGCUGGGAAGGGGGAGGACUUCAGCGAGGCCUCGAGCUCCGCCCUGAAGCUGGACAUCACAUGCGUAGCCAAAAUAAAGCAGAUUAUAAUGGACCUGGAGAUGCACAUCAACACUUUUGAGAUUCCACCAAACAGCCAGGGUAUUACCAAACCUGGAAGCUUUAUAUACGAGCUCUUCCAGAAGGCCCAGGUGACCUUUGACACCAAGACGUCAGUGGCGGAGACCAUCGACCAGAUCACGGGAUACCUCUCCAGCCAACCUGGAAUUUUCCUCAACACUAGCGGCUUGCAGAAGCUCGGUGACAUCAUCCAGUUGGUGUUUGUGGGUGAACCAGCAGAGGCAACCGGUGUGAAUUUGGAAAAGAGAACGCGGCAGUUUAAGGUGCACAUUCACGCUGACACCAGGAAGAAGCAGAACACUGAUGUUUGGGCUCCUGCCUCUUCCAAAAAACAAGGGAACGUGCUGAGCUACUGGUGUUUCUCUCCGGGGUUCAGUAUGCAGGAGUUGGUGCAGCAGGGCGUGCGCUCCAUCAUCCUCACCAGUGGGACACUCUCCCCCCUGUCCUCAUUCACCGCAGAGAUGCAGAUCCCGUUCCCUGUGAGUCUGGAGAACCCGCACGUUAUCCAGCGCGAUCAGAUCUUCGUCAGCGUCAUAGACAAGGGCCCAGAUGGAACCCUCCUCAGCUCCGCCUUCGACAGGAGGUUUCUACCAGCAAACAUGGCCUCACUGGGCAACACUGUUGUGAACCUCAGCCGGGUGGUGCCUGAUGGACUGCUGGUCUUCUUUCCCUCCUACCCCGUCAUGGACAAAACCCUGGAGUUCUGGAGGGGAAAUGGCCUCGCUGAGCGCAUUGAGAGCAUCAAGCCCAUGUUUGUGGAGCCACGGGGGAAGGCCACUUUUACAGAGGUGAUUGAUGGCUUCUAUGAAAGAGUGAACGAGCCAAAUGGGCGGGGAGGAAGCUUCUUUGCUGUGUGCCGAGGAAAGGCGAGCGAGGGUCUGGACUUUGCCAACUCGUAUGGGAGGGGUGUGGUCAUCACGGGACUGCCCUUCCCCCCGCGCAUGGACCCACGCGUCACGCUCAAGAUGCAGUACCUGGACGAGAUGAGCCGCAAGAGGGAGCCAGGAGUUAAGUAUUUGUCAGGGCAGGAGUGGUACCGGCAGCAGGCGUCUCGUGCAGUGAACCAGGCCAUCGGGAGAGUGAUCCGACACCGCCAAGACUACGGAGCCAUCUUCCUCUGUGACCAAAGGUUUAAGGGCACUGAUGUGCGAGCGCAGCUGCCCUCCUGGGUGCGGCCGCAUGUGAAGCUCUACGACACGUUUGGCUGUGUGGUGCGGGACGCAGCCCAGUUCUUCAGAGUCGCCCACAAGCUGAGACCCCCCCCAGAGAAGAAGCCCGCCCCCCUCCCCGUGUCCUCCAGUGUGUGUGCGGGGGCCAGCAGCCGUGCGGGGGGGUGCAGGGGGGGUGGGGGGGGCACUGGGCCAGCCUGUUCCUCCCAGAAGGCCAAGAUGCUGGACUCCCACGUCCCUAGUCUCAAACGCCGCAGAACAGAUGAGGCGGGGCUUGGUGUGGGCGUGGCCAGGCUGUGUGUCCAGUAUGAGGCUGAGCUGCCAACCAAUCAGAAACGAGCUCGGGGGCUGCUGGAUGCCCUGGAACAAAGUGACCACACCGGACACACACAACAAGAAUCAAACACUCAGGAGAGGCUGGAGGAGCAACCCAGCAGUUGGACUCAAGCCAGCAAGCGCAAGAUCCGAUUGGUGCAGAGGCAGACGGCACCUGAGCCUCCGAGGUCAGAGGUCGCGGGGUCGUGGAAAGGUCACGACUUCCUGUUGGAGCUGAAGCGGAAUCUUAGCCAGGAGAACUUCACUCAGCUCAUGGAGGCGCUCAAGACCUACAAGGAGUCUGACGACCUGCUCGACUUCAUCGCCAAAGCUGCCGCGCUGCUCACGCCAGACCCCAACACACACCGCUUACUCCGAGGGCUGUACCAGGCAGUGCGUCCCCACCAUAAGAAGCGCUUCCAUGAGCAGUGUGUGUUGCUGACGGGGGAGGGCUGUGGAUACAAGCCUGAGCAUUCCUUAAGCAGAGACCAGAGGAGGGCUCUGACCACUCACACAGACAGUGAAGCCUCCUCAGGUCCUGAGGAGGUUGCCGUCGCAGUCCCUUCCUCAGAGCCAACAGCGUUGAUGGCAGAGGUGCAAAAGGCUUUGGGUGCGGACAAGUCCAAACAGCUGUUCUCCUGCCUGAGUGCCUACCGCAAGAACCACCAGUACGACCAGAUGGUGACCACUGUUGUUAGCCUCCUCACCGAGAGGGACGAACACCUGCAGCUCCUAAAGCGGCUGGAGGUGUUCAUCCCUGCCUGUGAUCGAUCGCGCUUCAGGGAAAUGACCGCAUCCUUGACCGGUGGUAGCCACAGCCAAGAAACCCAGUCAUCAGCCUCCAGUGACAGGGGGAAAUCCCAACCCAAGAUCUCCGCAUUCUUCUCUGAUCGUAGUUAGCAACUCGCUGAUUGGCUGACGUCACCCUCUGUUGGAUUUUCUUGCAGAAUGUAAUACGUCUUGUCAGUGUUUUGUCUUGUGACACACAUGUUACAAUAGAAGCAUCAUGCAAGUAUUAUUUUAUAUAAUUAUCAGAAAUGAAAUGAGAUUAAAGUAUUUAAUUUGAA